AGAUGAGGGGUUGUUGAUGCUGUGAGCAUCCUCCAUUCAUGUUGUCUGAAUGAUGUAAUGGAUAUAUAAGUAAGACAUAGUCAAUAUAUUGUUCUCUUUCCCUCCUACUUCAACAGUGGGCAAAAUUCAAUUUUUCGUUCACAUAAGAGAAGCUUUUUCGACAAAAAUGUCAGAAUAUCUUGUGAAAUGAAAAUUAGUGCUUUAAUUCGAUUAUUUAUCGUCUACGAAAACAGGCAAAUUUUCAUUAUAUCACACAAUAAGAGUGGAUUAAACUGAAAUAAACUGAAAAGUGAUAUCCCAAAUUAAUAAACAGCGAAGAACAGCUAGAGCUACCACGUUAUUGAUACAUAUUAAGUGAAAAAACUUUUUUUUCUAUUCAUUGAUAACAGUGAAUGCUCAAAAAGGCUCAAGAGUAGAGUGUAUGUGUGUGAAAAAAAUCCACAUAUCGAUUGGUCAAAACAUGGCUAAUAAUAAUAGCAACAUUUAUGUUAGGCAAUCCAUAUAACAACGUCAAUCCAAGUUCCUGUUAAUCGAUUUAAUUUUUAUCGUACCAUUUACUUCAAAUGCGCCUUCCGAAAGGAAGUGAAAGUGUGAUUGAUAUUUUGGCUUCUUUCACGAUGAAAAGACAGAAUGUUAGAACUUUGUCGCUGGUAGUGUGCACUUUCACGUACUUAUUGAUUGGAGCAGCCGUUUUUGAUGCGCUUGAAUCGGAAACUGAAAGCAAACGAUGGAUUUUUUUAUCAAGCAUAAAAAAUACAUUUGUUCGAAAGUAUAACAUUUCUGCAGAAGAUUAUAGAAUGAUGGAAAUUGUUGUUAUUGAAAAUAAGCCACAUAAGGCAGGACCACAAUGGAAAUUUGCUGGUGCAUUUUAUUUUGCAACAGUUGUUUUGGCUAUGAUUGGAUAUGGACACUCGACACCAGUAACAAUAGGAGGGAAGGCAUUUUGUAUGGGAUAUGCAAUGGUUGGUAUUCCACUGGGUCUGGUUAUGUUCCAAAGUAUUGGUGAGCGAUUGAAUAAAUUUGUGUCAGUGUUUAUAAAACAUUUGAAAAUUUACAUUCGAUGUAAACAAACCGAGGCAACUGAGACAAAUUUGAUGCUGUUCAACGUGCUCCUAUCUUCGGUUAUUAUUACUACGGGCGCUGCUGUAUUUUCACGUUAUGAAGGCUGGAAUUAUUUCGAUAGUUUCUAUUAUUGCUUCGUUACAUUGACUACAAUCGGAUUUGGUGAUUUUGUUGCGCUUCAAAACGACCAUGCGUUAACAAGUAAACCGGGCUAUGUGGCAUUGAGUUUGGUAUUCAUUUUGUUCGGUUUGGCUGUUGUUGCCGCCUCUAUCAAUUUGCUUGUUUUGCGUUUUAUGACAAUGCAAGCUGAAGAUAAUCGACGUGAUGAACAAGAAGCACAAUCAUCUGCAUCAAACAAUGUUCUAAUGCCUUACGAUGAUUCUUAUGCAACUGGAAAAUUGCUUGGUGGCGGUAGUCAAUCCAACUACUAUUCGGAUAUUGAUGAUCAAAUAAGCACUUGCUCAUGUACGUGUUUGGGCGGCACCAAUUGUGCAAAUCAUGAACUUUUAAUCGAUCGCGGAUAUCAUCCAUCUGAAAUUCUGAGUGAAAAUUUAAGUAUUAAAAGAGCCUCCGUUUGAUUUGAUACGUAAAUGCGUACACAAUGUAUAAUUCUGUAAAUAUGUAAUAUGAUCAUCAUAAGUGUGUUAAAUAAAACGUAAUUUUUUUUUUCUAAAUUUUAAAUCGAGUGAAA